GUUUCAACCAGGACUCUAUAAACAGAUUUAACAGAUCUUUCGCAUUGCAGGCAUCAGUCUAAGGGUCUACCUUGGCGAGAUAUUCAUUUGAUGAACUGGUAGGUUUGCGGGAAAACAGAAUCCUAUCACCUUUCACCUCUCCUCAAAAUGCUAUCUUUCUACAGCAGCUUCCCUCAACCUGGUAUCCUCAGACAUUUCUAACUCCCAUCAACUGUUCUGGCUGUGGCUGAUGGGAGUUGUAAUUCAAAGCAGCUGGAGGGCACCAGGUUGACAAAGGUUGUUCUGUGGUCUAUAAAGUAUCCCAUGAAUUCCACAGCCACGUUUUCUGGAAAAGGGACAGCUAAAUAUUUCUGUAUGUUCCCCAACUUGUGAGUUCUCUGGAGGUGUAUCCAGAAUGCAGUGAACUUAAAGGUAAAGGUAAAGGGACCCCUGACCAUUAGGUCCAGUCGUGGCCGACUCUGGGGUUGCGGCGCUCAUCUUGCUUUAUUGGCCGAGGGAGCCGAUGUACAGCUUCCGGGUCAUGUGGCCAGCAUGACUAAGCCGCUUCUGGCGAACCAGAGCAGCGCACGGAAACGCCGUUUACCUUCCCGUUGGAGCGGUACCUAUUUAUCUACUUGCACUUUGACGUGCCCCUGCUAGGUUGGCAGGAGCAGGGACCGAGCAAUGGGAGCUCACCCCGUCACAGGGAUUCGAACUGCCAACCUUCUGAUCGGAAAUCCUAGGCUCUGUGGUUUAACCCACAGCACCACCCGCGUCCCUGGCGCAGUAACAUUUGCAUGCUGCUAACUACAUGAAUCAGCCAGACCGCUGACUACCUGUACUGUGUUGUGCAGUUGGGUGUAAAGGGCCAAUUAGAAUGGGGGUAACAUCAGGAAUGUAUUGGAAGUUAUAGUAAGGUUACCAGAUUUUUUUCAAUGAAUCCGGGGACACUUUUCAACUUCUUACUAAUCAGAUGAAUUUUGUCAGGGGACAGAUUUGUAAAUCUGGGGACUGUCCCCAGGAAACGGGGACAUGUGGUAACCUUAAGUUAUAGAUACAAAGGACUUCAGGAAAAGGCUCUGUAUAUGCUAAGUUUAAGGGAAGCUGAGCAGCGCAGAAGAAGACAGAACCUAUAGUUCUCUAGAUGUUGUUGGACUCCAAUUCCCAUCAGCCACAGCCAGCAUAGCUGUUGUCCAACAUCAGGAGAGCUACAGGUUACCCAUGCUUAUUGACUUUAGACUCCAUAGACAGGAUUGGCUUCAGUCCAUUUCUAUGAACCAGCAAUUACCUUGAAACGGACAUUACAAAACACCUGUCACAAAAUAGCUGCAGAGUUACUUUAGCAGCUUGCUUUGACUGUACAAACAGUAACUUGAUUUAUUUUUUGUUUAAAAAGCGUUAGCUGAUUGUGGAUACCAUAGCAAUGAUAUCAGAACUAAUUUCCCACCUGGCCCACUCUUCUUGCAUUUAAAGUGACUGGCAUUUGAAGUUUUUUUUACAACAACAGCAGCAGCAACACCACAAACAAGCAAGCAAAACCUAGCUUUAAGUGAAAUACCGCCAUAUAACAUGAUGCCUGGAGCAAUAAUAGGAAAUAGUCUUACACUGUCAGGCCGUAGGUCCAUCGAGCCCAGAGCUACCCAAACUGUGUUGCGACACGUUUGUGUGUCGGCUGCAGUGUGUGGGUGUGUUGUGCGAACACUCCCCGCUCUCCUCCUGGGGCUGGAAAGAGGUUAGUUUAAGCUCUGGUUUGCUAGUAAAACUGAAUUACUUUGUCACGAAAUGAUGAAUGUCUAAAAAGUGUGUGUCACCAACAUGAAAAGUUUGGAAAGCUCUGAUCUAGCCCCUGAUCAUCCGCUUUGACCGGCACCAGCUUUCCAGGGUGUCCUGCAAAGGACUUCCCCAUCAACUGCCAUCUGAUUUUUGUUCACUGGAGAUGCUGAAGGUUACAGCUGGGAUUUCCUGCAUGUACUCUACUGGCUGAGCCAUGACCCUUCCCACACUCCUGAAUGUUGCUUACGUGUUCAUAUUUCUAAAUUUAUUUUCUAGCCCUUGGGUGGGGCAGACUAAUCUCCCUGUAAUAAUCUGGAACACCUUUCAGUAGGAAGCAAAUUGUUAAAUUGUGGGUAGACAUAGCAGACGCCACAGCGAUUCCUUCAAAGCAGCUCUUUAUUUGUAAGCUGGAACAGAACUGACUGAGGAGCUCAGUCAGCCUGCUUAUAUAGAGCUCCAGAACAAUGUAACUGUUGCCAUUUUCUAAAACUAUCCAAUCACUGAACAUCACUUUCGAUCCUUCAUUUGCAUACAAACUAUCCAAUCACUGAACGUCACUUUCGAUCCUUCAUUUGCAUAACUAUCUACAGUAUCCCCCUGCUGGCCCAGGGUGAGAACUUCAGUACAUAACACAAAUGCCCUUGGAAAUUCUUAACCAAACAUCUGCAGGGCUACAGAGAUAAUUGCCUGCUCACUGAGUGAGGUGAGCUGGGACCCCGUGAACAGUUUGCUAAAUGGUGCUACAGCACUUGUCCGUAACCAUGUGCAGAAGGACCUCCUAUGAGUAAGAUAAUGACAAUACUUCACAGGAUUAUAAAGCAUGCUGUCUGUACCUUAAGUGCUAUUUACAAUACUAAGCUUAAAGAUACUUUGAAUGUUUAUCUGAUUAUUAUUCUAAAUCCUCAUAUCCUUUUGUCCCUUCCCCAACUUGUCAGCGUAAGUUUCCAAAGAACAAAAAUGUUGCUAUUAAUAAGUUGCUCAAAUGUGAUCCUGGAACGUCUUUGCUUAGGGCUACUGCCACCUUCUGGGGCAGGGCGCCUGUUCAUGUAAAUGCUAUAAAACAUGCAUAAAUUCAGCAGGUGCAGAAUUCCCUGGCAUUGUGGAGGGCAGAGUGUGUGUGUUAAUGAUGGAUGAGGCUUCACCUGUUGGUUUUCUUCCUGUAUUAGGAUGGGAGCAUAGCCUGAUAGGAAAGUACAUGCAUUGCAUACAGAAAAUAUAUGGUUCAAGUCUCAAUCUCUCCAGUUAGCAGGGCAUAGAAAACAAUCAAAAAGACUUUUGCUUGAGACCCAGGAAAGCUGCUGGAAAUCAGCAUAAUAAGCGGACAAGAGUUGGGCUUUUGUCUGAUUUCAUAAGCUCUGUCCGAACUCGUUUUUCUGUACUUUUCCAUUUUUGUUUUACAGUGGUACCUCGGGUUAAGAACUUAAUUCGUUCUGGAGGUCCAUUCUUAACCUGAAACUAUUCUUAACCUGAGACACCACUUUAGCUAAUAGGGCCUCCCACUGCUGCUGCUGCGCUGUCGCCGUGCGAUUUCUGUUCUCAUCCUGAAGCAAAGUUCUUAACCAGAGGUACUAUUUCUGGGUUAGCGGAGUCUGUAACCUGAAGCGCCUGUAACCUGAAGUGUCUGUAACCCGAGGUACCACUGUAUUUUUACCCUGGCUGUCCCUGCCUCGGAUCAUAUGAUGAAGGGUGGACCAGACGUAUACAAGUAUACUGUGCCUUAAAAGUGCUAUAGAAUACACUAAGUUACGUGAUAAAUUUAAAAUGCAUUUUAAUUUUUUAAAACAAAAAAAAUCCCCAUAUUGUACAUUCACUUCCCACAACCCCACAGGAUAUCUUUUUAAAUAGUAAAAAAUUAAGUCUCACCUAGCGUAAGUCGGAAACAGGGAAUCUGGUGCUAAGCUUGGGCUCUCGCAAUGUCAGCAAGCAUGACCGAUGGUCAGGGUGGGAGUUGUAGUCACUUCCUAGGAUUGUAGAGCUACCUAAGGGUUACUGCCAGGCCUAGAGUUUGUCUGCACUGAGGAAUGAAAAGGGAGGAUGUCUGCCUGUCACCUACUUGUUAAACAUCAUAGAGUCCCUGUCCAGCAAUGGUGCUCUGAAGAAUUUGGGGAAAACCUUGUCCCUCCCCCCCCCUUCCCUUCCUGUUGUUGUUAUCUUGGGGGGCCGGCGGGGGGGGCCGUCCGAAUGCCUCCUGCCUCCUCUCGGUGGAAGCCAUUUGAGUGCUGCAAAUGGAAAUGUUUUGAGUGUGUGUGCAUAUGUGUGUGUCUGGUUUUUUUUCCUGUGAACUCUGUGGUUUCUGAGCCCUCUUUCUAAUUUUACAGGCGGUGUGAUUUCAUGCAUGGAGUUAACCAAAGCUUUGCUAAAAACAGGGGUAGUCAUAACGAUACAGUCACGGCUAUGUGUUAUGCGCGCGCACACACACAUACAAACACACAAAGAGAGAGGCUGCCAGUCCCUUCUCUUCUGUCUCCAGAGCCUUGCUGACUUUGGCUGGGCUCCACAGACCACAGGCACCUUUGGAGAUUUUGCAAAUUGUGUCCCCGCAACACCACUAGGCCCCAGAAAGGAAGGAGAGAAAGGAGGGCAGAGAGGCUUUUCUAGGCCGUGGUUUUGCUUUCUGCAGGGACUUGCUCGCCCCCUCCUCCAGUGGACAAGAAUCCCUCCAUAGAGGGAAGGAGAAAGCCUCCCACCAUCUCUUCCAAAUUUAUGCAUUACCUAAGUUCCCAGGGGAAAUGAGCAAGCCUGGAGGGGCAGGGUGCCGAAGUAUUUCCAGCCAUGUUUAUCCCCACAAAAGUUUCCACAACAAGCUAUUAGGAGGCCAGGAAACGGCCGCAAGCACCCUGCAGCCUGUCACCUUUGUGCAGGCGGAUAAUCAACAGGUGAAGCUCUCACCACCACCACCACCCUCCAGAAAGCAGCUGCGCCCAUUAUAAUGUCUGCCUGCCCUGCCACCACUGAAGGAGCAGGAGUUAUUAGUUAUUAGUUCUGUCCCACUUCUCCUCUAAGGAGCUCGGAACAAGUGUUGCCAUAUUUCAAAAAGUAAAAACCAGGACACCCCAAAGGUUGUUGAGUAUUUUUUGUUGUUGUUUUUUGGAAGACCCCAAAACUGUUGAGCUUUAGGACAAAACAUACACAUUUUUAAGAGGUGUUUGAAGGCCAGCGACCAUGUUGCCACCAGGUGACAAUCCCUUGGCUGGUUAGUGGUGACUCCUUGGAAAGCCUUGAAAGAUUGCCGGGUCUGUGCAGGGGAAGACAGCCUGCUAGUUAUUUUGAAGUAAGCUAGUUAUUUUGCUUCGAAGAGGAGCAACGGGACCUCAAGGGGAGCAGGCUCUCAGACUGUGCACACACCAUACAUUGAAAAGCACUUGACUUCCCCCAAAUAAUCCUGGGAACUGUGAUUUGCUAAUGGCGCUGGGAAAUGUAGCUGUGUGAGGGGUAAACUACAGUUCCCAAGAUUCUUGGGAGGAUUAUAUGCUUUAAAUGUGUGAUAACAAAGUGCCUCAGUCAUGGUAGGUGCAAAAAAUGCCUGUUUUACCCCCCUACCACCGAGUAGCCAAAUAUUUGGGGAGAAGGGGAAAUCUUCCCACAAAUCUGGAAAGAGGGUUUUAUUAUGGAAAAACUGGUUUCAAGUAGGCUUCAGCGCCACUGCUGCUUCUUUCAAAAGCCAGCUGUACCAAUUACAGGUACAGGGUUGCCAUAUUUCAAGAAAUAAAAAUCAGGAGACAAUAGCUGAGCUUUUUGGGGGGAUUUGCCAAAAAAAAAAAAGAAAAAAAAGGCAAAGAGUGAUACUCAAACACACACUUCCUUGUUCUGUUGUGCACCCAGGCACUAAUUUCACUGCUCAAUUCCUAGACACGAUCGUGAAAUUCCAGAUGCAUGGCAACCCUAACAUUGGGGUUCCCCCUCAUGCAUUUAUGACCCCUGCAAAACCUACAUUGGCGAGGAGGUGUGAUUUCAGACACCUCUGCUUUGAACUAUUUUCCAGUGACAUUUAAAUGCUAUAUUCUUGAUGCUUGUAUUGGUAUCAGCUUUGCUAGAGUGCACAGGUUUUUUUCCUUCUCUCCAGCCCACAUCAGUAAUGCGUUACAUGUGAAUGCAUAUGGUUUUAGAGAGGCAAAAAGGUGCUAUUAAUCUCAUGGGUGUGGGGGAAAAUAUUGAGACAACAAUGAUCCUUUCCUGGUGGAACUACUACCUACUACUGCCUAGUAGUAUAAGGCUGAUGGACGCGGGUGGUGCUGUGGGUUAAACCACAGAGCCUAGGGCUUGCUGAUCAGAAGGUUGGCGGUUCGAAUCCUUGCAACAGGGUGUGCUUCUGUUGCUUGGUCCCUGCUCCUGCCAACCUAGCAGUUUGAAAGCAUGUCAAAGUGCAAGAAGCUCUGGCAGGUUUGCAAGAAGCAGCUUAGUCAUGCUGGCCACAUGACCCGGAAGCUGUACGUAAAGCGAGAUGAGCGCCGCAACCCUAGAGUUGUCCAUGACUGGACCUAACAGUCAGGGGUCCCUUUACCUUUACCUAUAAGGCUGAACCUUGCCAGCCAAUGAAAGGGAUGUGACUCUCCUUGCUGCAGUGUGGGAUCACCUGGGGGUACAGUUUUGGAAGGUGGCUGAUUGUGGCAUGUAGCAAGUGAGGUGUUUUCAACUACCAGACAGAGUUGACCCUCCUUUCUGAAUAUAACACAGACAAGCAGUAAUGUGGGUAAUAUUUGUCGGGGAUUGGAGAUAGACUUGCUGAACAUGUGAGGAAUUAGUGGCAUGCCUGAUUGGCACAGGUGUCAUGGGCAUCAUCCAGUCACUGUCAGCAACACUAUUACUGGCAUCACCUCCACAGGAAAAUACCCAGUCACCCAUUGCACUUACUCACUUGCAAUUCUGGUUUCUUGCCUGCUGGUAAACAGCAGCAGAGUACAAUGCAUCCUACUGCUUCUUUGCAAAACCAUGAUAUGUGCAUCAUAGCCAAUUUCAGCCGUACGGUGCACAGCUACUGCAGCCAAGUAGGCAAAUGCAGGGUGAGGGCUGGAAUCAAGAGGCCUAGUAGCUUCUGUGUCCAGAGCAGCGCCUGUACAAGAGUUGAAUGUUAAUUCAGCACUGUAACAGGGCACCAUCCUCCACCACACCAGAGGGGGCAACAGGCUGGAUUAUGGGGUGUAAAGCAGGAUGCAGGGCACACACAAUUACCGUAUUUUUCCAUGUAUAAGAGUUUUAGGGGAGGAAACAAUGUCCAAAAUUUGGGGGUGUCUUAUACACGGGGGCCAUCUCCCCCCAUUUUCUUAAACCAGAGUCCCCAAAAAUAGGGGUCGUCUUAUAGACGGAAAAAUACGGUAUGUCCUCUCCAGUCCAGUACCUAACUGACAUUGCCAACCCUCUCCCCACAAGCCCAGCAUCCGCCACCUGAGGCAAUUGCUUCAUUCUGCCUAAUGGUAGGGCUGGCUCUAUAACAAAGAGUAAACUAAAAAAUCAAUCAAUCAGAAACCUGUGUAAUGUGAGAGGACUUUGCCAUGGUGUAUGUAGUUUGAACUGGGUUUUGUUCCCUUAGACAAAAAUAUGUGGAAAGGAUUUGUUGAGGGAAGGAAGUUUGAAAUUCACCAAUGUAUAGGUUAAUUUCAGUAUCACACACUCUUCUUUGCUGUGCCAAUGGGUUGGAAGAAGGCAUUUGACUUGAUGCAGGAGGAAUGCUGUGUAACGUGAAAGUCUGCAUAUUUAUCCAUUCACAGAAGUUUGACCACUCAGGCUUGGGAGUUCAUUUGGGAGUAAGCCAAUUCAGUUCAGUGGGACUUAUUUCAAAGUAAGCACGUCUAGGACUGUGCUGUAAAAGAGAUGGAACAUUAAUCAUUCCCGCCUACUUAGAUUUUUCUGUCUUACAAGGGCCAGCUAUCUGGGCCAGCCCUACUGUUAAGGCAGGCAGAGUGAAGGUGGCUUGCCUGAGAUAUCAGAGAUUGCAGUACUGUUAAAGGCAGUGAGUCAUCAGUGAUUUACAGUGCACUCCAACCAUGUUUACUCAGAAUUUAGUUCUAUAGAAUUAAAUGGGGCUUCCUCCCAAGUAUAUAGGGAUAGGAUUGCAGCCUUAGUUUGUACAUAUGGGUUGUAUCCUGGGAAGUUGUACUAAAGAGUAGACCCAUUGCUAAGAGUAGGCCCAUUAAUUUCAAGGGUCUGCUCUAAUUUAGUUCAAGGCUUACAUUUAUCACAAGGAUCUUAGGUUAUCUUUGAUCUAUACACAAAAACAUUGCCAUUAUAUGAAGACGAAGAGUGGUAUGCAACUAAGAUUUACCCAGAGCAUAACCAAUUGAAAUUAAUGAAUGUGACUAAGUUAGGCCCGUUAAUGGGUCUACUCUGAGCAACACAUAGCUACCACCCAAAAUAAACAGGGUAAAAUUAAAUGUUGAAGGGUACUGCAUCCUGUGUUAAAGGACACGGGUGGCGCUGUGCGUUAAACCAUGGAGCCUAGGACUUGCCAAUCAGAAGGUUGGCGGUUCGAAUCCCCACAAUGGGGUGAGCUCCCGUUGCUCGGUCCCUGCUCCUGCCAACCUAGCAGUUCGAAAGCACGACAAAGUGCAAGUAGAUAAAUAGGUACCACUCCAGCGGGAAGGUAAACGGCAUUUCCGUGUGUUGCUCUGGUUCGCCAGAAGCGGCUUAGUCAUGCUGGCCACAUGACCCGGAAGCUGUACGCCAGCUCCCUCGGCCAAUAAAGUGAGAUGAGCACCGCAACCCCAGAGUCAGCCAUGACUGGACCUAAUGGUCAGGGGUCCCUUUACCUUUACUGUGUCCUGUAUUUUUCGAUCCUGAUUGGAUCUGCAGCCCUUCCUGCUAGUGGAAGCCAGAUUCUGAGGGGGUAGAAGAAUAGGAGAGCCAAAUGAACAGAAGAACCCAUCAUGGCCACUUUGGUCCUGAGCCCUGGCUGACUAGAUACACCUAUGUAGCAGGGCUACCGUAAAGGCCAGAAAAGAACGAGUGAGCUGGCCGAGCUGAUUUAUUUUAUUGUUAUUUUAUUUAUGUUUUGGGUCGCCUUUUAGAGAGAGAAGGAGGAGGAGGUGAAGAAGAAGAAAAGCAAGAUUUUGGUGGUAUUGCAGCAGCAGCAGGCUCACUAACGCUCAGGAAGUGGAAUUUGUGGUUUCAGGGGCUGAGCUCAGAAGGGGUGUUUAGAAAGAAAAGGUCCAGCGCAAGACACCGAUUCUUCAGAGACGACGACGAGGAGGAAGAGGGGGCUGUGUAUUGAAGGUCCCCGAGGAAAAUCAAGAGGCAGGCAGCAACCGUCUCCUUCCAUCGCCUUUCUCCAUGGUAAGUGAAGCUCUUCUUCUUCUUCUUCUUUUCCUCCUCCUCCUCCUCCUCCUCCUCCUCACUCACCUUCUCCGCCUUCUUCUGAACCCGGGAGCGCAAAGAAAGUGGGGGGGACGGACAGACGAAGGACUCGCGCACCCAGAUUUCCGUCCAUCGGAGGGCGGCUCAGUUCUCCGCGCCACCCACUCGUGUUUGCGUCGCUGCCUUCUUUGCGCACGUGUGAGCGGGGGAAACGGACUCUUCUUCUUCUCGGAAGUGGAGGCAUCAUCACCCCCUGCCCCCCAAAAAAGGGCUCGUAAGCUCAGCUUCUGCUUGCAGCCUAGGAACUUUGUGGCUGUUAGUUCCUGAGCAAGUGCAGAGUGUGUGGCUCCUAUUCCGCACUCCGCCUCUCCACCCGCCUGUUCUUGUACGAUUACAAUCAGCUCUGGGAUAUGAUAGGCUGCUCAGAAGGAGUGUUUUUUUCCAGGGCAAGCUUCAGGCCAGGCCCUUCUCACCGAAGAAAGAAGGUAAAUUAGUGGAUGGGUGCAGAACAGAGAGAGAGAGAGACUCCUGGGCGCUUCGCCACCACUGCCGCUCUCUCCACUGGUUUCUUUGUCCUUCUGGGUUUGUUUGGGAGGGAGGGGGCAGGGGCAGGUAGGGCUGGGAGAGGAGCCCCCAUCUGGGAUCCCGGGUAACGCCGAGCUAGCAAGAGGCAGCUUCCUAUAUCCAAGCAGGCUUUUUUGCAGUUGGGAAAGGCAGCAAACUCUGCCAGUCAUGGAAUCAUAGAAGUCGUGCAGACUUGGAAGGGACCACGAGGGCCAUUCUAGUCCACCCCCACCCCCCCGAUCUAGCACCCAGACUUCAAAUCCCGCCUUACUCCGGAUCAAGCUCCCGAUGAAAGGAAUUGCCUUCCUAGAUUCUAAAACCCUCUUGCAAGGUGGAGGGAGCUGUGUUCGGGCCAAGUGCCAUCCGACCCAUCAUACAUACACCUCCCACUGGCCACACGUUACAGGCAAACGCGUGCCACCGCCAGAUGCGCAUCUUCCAGGGUCUUUCCUUUCGCAAGCAGCCCUAGGCUUGCCUUACUCCGAAGAAAGUCCCAGGUCCCUAUGUAAGGGGACUGUGAAGCCUGCGUAUAUUUAAGAAAAAUAGGGAGGGACGGUGUUGGGUUGUUUUUGUUUUGGAGGGGGCGAUUUAGAGCAGUGAAGCUGUAGAAAGGAGGAUCCUUUACUCCUGUUAGCCGCUUGCUAACAGAGAGAGAGAAGGAUUACAACUCCGGAGAGGGCAAGCCAUUUCCCCCACCCAUGUAUCCAGGCUUCUCCUAUCAAAUCUUCCCAACUUUGUUCCUGGGAGCUCCUUCCAUUUAAACGAUGGUUUGUGCAAUGGCGAAACUGGACGAGGGAGCCAAGAAGGAGUUGUUUUGUUUGAAACCGAAAUCCAGCCGCAGGGUGGGGGGUGAGGAUGCGGGGCGGGGGCUUCCCUAUCAGCAGGGGGGAAAGGUGAGUGGGGUUCACCACAGAUCCAAAUUACUCAGCGCCGAAGGUGGUUCAGUGACAACAGCCUGGGGAAUGAGGUUUCGUGUUAAUCAUUCCCAUGGACUGUUGCUGCCCAGACAUUUAAAUACACUGCUUAUAAAAGGGCAGCUUCACACCCGAAGCUUCUCUAGCCUAUUCUUUUAUAUAUAUACAGUGGUACUCGGGUUAAGUACUUAAUUCGACCCGGAGGUCUGUUCUUAACCUGAAACUGUUCUUAACCUGAAGCACCACUUUAGCUAAUGGGGCCUGCUGCGCCGCCGCUGCACGAUUUCUUUUCUCAUCCUGAAGCAAAGUUCUUAACCUGAAGCACUAUUUCUGGGUUAGCGGAAUCUGUAACCUGAAGCGUAUGUAACCUGAAGCGUAUGUAACCCGAGGUACCACUGUAUAUAUAAAAGGCACGGGGCAUGUUCACACGUGUAUGGCACAUUCGCGUUCGCCCUUGUAGCUUCAUGCGUGCCUUCCCGUUGAACCAGUGGUUCAAAAAAGAAGGUUAGGUGGCCCGAGCGCACUCGGAACAGUCGAAAAAAGAUGUGGAACGCUUUGUCAACGGAUUGGAUUAGCUCCCCAGCCCUGCGCUAUUCUGGAAAUUGCUCUUCAAAGACAAUGGAAUCCAAGGCGCACGCGAGACCCCCUUCCCCAUAGGUGCCCGGGGCCCUGGGUGCCCGAGCACCCACAAAAUUCCCCAUGGAGGGGCCGGGCACUCACAAAUUUCGGCGCCAGGGCAUUGCACCCACGGCCCCGGGCACCCACAGUCGUGGGACCAAGCUGACACUCCUGGCCGCUCCAUUUUCCUACCUAAAACGUUGCGCUCGCUCUGUCUCGGAAAUAUCUAAUCUGGCGCUGCUCCUGCUUUUCUUCCAGCGAAUCAAUAGAGGGCAGGGGCGAGGGAGGAGGAGGCUGGCGCAGAUAAGUCAACCAAUCUAUCAAGGCGCUUUGAUUUUCGGUCCCCACUUUCCGCUUCUGCGUCUCCUUCUCAAGGAUGAAUGGAGAGGCAGGUGGAGCGACCGGGAAAUUCUCCCACCAGCAGUAAAACGGCAGCAGAAACAACAACAACAAAGCCCGUGGAUCCGGCCUCCCAGCUGCCUUUGAUGCCUCCCUUUUGAAAUGGACAGGAUGCGGCCAGCUCCUUCCGAAAGCGCGAGCUUGCAGCCACACCACACACGCGCAUAUUACAUAUAUAUGCGCGUAAACGUUGGUAUUACCAUCAAGACCAGCCAAGCUAAAAAACUAAAAUCAUGUUUAAAAGUUUGAGCAGGAACGAGAGCCGCGCAAAGCAGGUUACCUGUAAUCUGGCGGUGGUUUGCAAAUAUUGCACUUUGGGGGCGGGUGCUAUCUAGUAUAACUGGUGUCUUCGGCAGCACCCGCGCAGUUCCCAGUUAGAUCUGUGCCGGAGGCCAGACUUUCCCAAGCGGAAUGGGCCGCCUGACUUUUUAAAUAUAAUAAAAAAUAGUUCGUGUGGGUAAAAGGUUAUCCUCCAUUUUUUAUUAUUUGCAAAAGCCUGUUCAGGACUCUGCACAUAUAUAAUAGGGACCAGCGUUUGUCCUGCUUCAGGCAUUCAGAUCACAAGAUCCAGCAUCUUAUAGUAGCCUAAUCAGUCAGGGCUGCUUUUCUUCUUAUCAUUAUUUUUCCUGGGAAGGAGAAACCCUUUCUUAGAAACCGGCGGAAGGGCGCAUCCCGCAAGCGCAUCACCCAGCUCCUGCAGCGGGAUUUGCGCAGAGGGGAAGUCCCGCGGUUCGUGCCCGGAUGCACUCAAUGCAAAUGCGUAAAAAUAAUAAUAAUCGAAAUGUGCAGCCAUGUUUUACUUAUGAGACUCGUUCUCAGGUAAACGCGCCUAAGUUUGUACUAUCCUCCUGACGCUUGUAGUUUAUUCAGCUUUUCUGAACCCCUGAGAGCUCGGCACUUUGAAUCCAGCGACUCUGGCCAAGUCUAGUCUAUGGGUUUCAUAGAAAAGUUCAAUUGGAAGGGGUCCCCUAGCGCAGCCCCUUGCAGUUUCAUUCCACCUGCCACAAACCACCUAAAUACAAAGCGGUUGCAUCUGGAUAGACACUGUGCGGGCUCAACACAUGUUCACUUAUUUGCUUAAAGGAUCGAAACGAAACUAGACAGAAAAUGCUCAGGAGCAGGGCAGUGGCGAGUUGCGGGGACGUGGAGGCGGGACCAGAUUUUUGCCGCUAUUUUCAAACUAAACUAACUUUUCAACUCCACCAAUUCCUUUUAAACCCCUCCUAUUCAACAGGACAGGACACGGAGAUAAUAAAUACUGCGUGACGUUUCGAUGAAUUUGAGGCUGACUUGGGAGGGGGGGCUCUCAAUAUUUGACGCUUCCUUCCCUCGCCUCUCCCCCGUCCUAGCUUCAGAUUCAAUCCUGAUUUGGGUGCCCAUGGAAUGAAAACUUUGCCCGGGCAUCCGGUCUACGUAACCAAAAUGCUGGUUGGUUUCGAUAAAGUACAUGACGCGAAUCUGCCAGUUCCUGCAGGAUACUAAAAGCGCGACUGUUCUACAAUUCCCGCCACCUCCCAAAAAUGAUAAGAAGUUUGAUCGUUUCUCGAGGUUCCUCUAACGGUUCAUGUUCCCCCAAGGUCCCUAAAUCCUAAUUUAAGUCACUCCUCCGCAGCCUUCAGCCAACCUAUUUUGCCUUUCACCCGCAGGCAAACUGGGUGAAGCAAUGAGUUAUUACCCUUUCAAUCACUAUUUCUUAUCUGAGGAACAUAAAUAAAUAAAUCAUGCAGCCCACGUUUAUUUUUGGUUGAGGGAGCGGUGGUGGUUACGCAUUCAUUUUCAGCCAAAAGAGAAGGAUAUUUUUCCACCAGUAGAAGUUGGCAAGGGGAGAAAAAGGCCACCCCCGUGAACGAUUGACCCUGCAUUCUCAAAUGCAAACUCGGGAGCAAAAAACUCCACGGAACAGAGAGUCUUACUUCCGAGUUAACGCGCGUUAGGAUCGAACUGGGUGGCUCAUUUGGGGGCUUCAGUAGCGACACGAAAUCCCAAUUCAAAAAUAAUCUGCAGAAUCAGCUAAAGAAAGGACACGUCACCAUUGGAAACACAGCUUUAAUGAUGGGAAUCAACUGGCUCGCAUAACUUUGCCUCCAGAGAGGAACAAGGCGGUCAGACGAUCUAGCCAAAGUUUACAGUGAUUUUAAAAAGAGAAUUCAAGGUGUCUUUCAUUAGACUAAAUGGCAUGUUAAAAAUGUUUACUUGCUUGUGCCUGGAUCUUGCCCAUGAAGUCUGCAUAUUUGCUAUUAGGAUUCAUACGCCACUUUUCAAUACAGUUAUCAGGGCGGUUUACAAUAAAAUAGUUGAAGCACAAUAAUUAUUGGGUGAAAUCUGAACAGCCGCAAGUGUGGGAGAAGACAGAUUUAUGGCACAAUAAAAUGUUGUUUGUAGACAUUGCCUUUGUAAAAUCAAAAAUCAAAAUCCAUUUUAAACGUCAGAUUCCCUCCGCCCCUUCACUCUGCUCUGAAUUAGAACUAAAGUCUACGAUACAACAGCUGUUCAACGCCACAUUGAAUUCCACUUUUUGAAAGCAAAUCCCAGGGGGAGGUUAGCUGUACUCGCUUUAGGAUCGGAGUGCAAUAAAUAAAAUUAUUCUAGUACAUUUAGCAAUUGCCGUUUAUAAUAUGCAGUUUGUACCAGAUCCGGUUGGCAGGGGAAUAUUCGCGACCUGUGUUCCGGGUGAUGUUGUUUUUCAACAGAUCAAUCACAAUACUCAUUGACAGGCGAUCAAUCCCUUUUCUACUGUUCCUAAUAUAUAAUAUUCGUCCUCGUCCCCUCUGACUAGUUUGUUAGCGUUGUCACCCCUCCUGCGUGGGCGGCAUCCCAGGAAAGUUCACGACACGCAAUAAAUGCGAUGUAUUUAAGGUAUCAUGGGGUGGAUUUUGACUCUUCGGUUGCUGUUCUGAGCUCACCUCUCUGAGGAUCAAGGCCACGAGACCAUCGCUUUGGAUCCAAACGCUUUGGUCAGAGUUUAAAAGCCAGGGCGCAAACUUUGCAGCUCGACACUCCUCAACAACUUAAAAGAUGUGGAGGAGAUAUUCCCUAUUUUGCCCCGCAUGGUGCUUGCCCGACUUUUACUCCCCUCAUUGGAAGGAUUGAACCCCGCCCCCCGCCAAAAUCCCUCCACACAAUUCUGGAUCUCCCCAGAAACAUCGAACAUCUCUGGAAGCUCUUGCGCACUGCCUCUUUGGCCAGAUGAUUGUCUCACCAGAGACCUCUUGGGGGAAUCCGGGUCAGCCCGCUGGUUUUAGGAGAGAUAGGAUAAACUAGACCCGUAGAGCACGAGACACUUAAUAUCAGGGUCGUGGGUUCGAGUUCCACGUCGGGAGGGAAAUCCUGCAUUGGAGAGGGUUGGACUAGACGACCCUCAGGGUACCUUCCAGCUCUACAAUUCUGUGAUUCUAUGCGGCUCACGGGGAGCAAAUUGCAUUACGAACAACGAGGCUUGCUUCGGAGCGGGCUUGACUAAUAGGAUCGCGGGCAGGUACUGGCGCGCGCGAUUCCCCCUGCCUGCUUUCUCGGCCCAAAGCAGAGGGGGCCUCGCCCACGAAGAUCUACCUCUUGAAAUGAGCGGACCAAAGUCCACUAAUGUCAGGGCCCUGAGGAUGACUGAGCCUUGGUUGCAGGAGAGAGAGAGAGAGAGAGAGAGAGAGAGAGAGAGAGAGAGAGAGAGAGGAAGGAAGGAAGGAAAGAGAGGGAAAUCUGUUUGAUCAAUCAUGAGAAAAAGGGAUAGGGAUGUUUAAGCCCCUUUUCUCGGCCACAUUGCUAGAGAGUUUGCUUUUACCGCGCGCGAACCACAACCAGUGCUGGGCGGCUGAUUGAAUUUGAAACACGGGGGAAUUCGAGCACGGGAUUGCUCGCACCGACGUGACAGGCACCCCUUGAUGAACGGAUUCUGUACGGCAGCGCUCCCGAGCUAUUUGCGCCACCAAAGAGACAGAGACAGAGAAUCGGGUACAGUACUGCAGAGUUUAACUAAGUGGUGGGGAUCCAAACUUUGCGGUUGUUUCUUUGAAGAUCUGCGUCAGCCACCGUCUCUUGGGCUUUUUGCGCGCUUGAACCUUGCGAGGAGAAUUUGGCCCUCUCCCGCAAUAACGCCCCACUCCUCCCCACAUUAACAUGUGAAGUAGCCUUCGGGGGCCAGGCCAGAGAAUGAAUGAAUGAAUAUUGAGGGAGAGGAGAGCAGAAGGGAGAACGCAUACUUCCUUUGUCUUGCGCGGCCGAUUUCUGGAACAAGUCGCAACCUGUAGGAGAGAACGCUUAGUGGUUGGAGUGCCGCAGCAGGAACCGGGGAGCGGGGUUCGAAUUCGGCCAGGAAGCUCACGGGGUGCCCCCCCCCCCGCUUCUCUCUCAGCCUCACCUCUCCCGAAGGGUUUGUUUGUGUGAGGAUGAAAUGGGAGCGGGGAGAAGCCCGUGCGUCACCUCGAAAAAAGCAGGGCUAUUGCGGUUGACAGGUGAGCCGGCUGCCUGACCACCUGCGCGAAUGCCACCUGGCGGAGGGUAGUGGCGUCCUCUUUCCGUCGCAGGCAUCCAGCCCGUCAGCCACGCUCCUCCCUCCCUCCCCCCUCCCUCCCUCUUCCGCCCCCUCCAGCAUAUUCCCUGGUAACCAAUGGCUCGCCCGACCUCUUCGCAGAGCACUUCCCGCAGGACUGGGGACGACUUGGAGAGAGCCGCCGCCGCUCGACGGGACGCGCCGAGGCAGCCCGCGCCGCGGGGACUGGUGGCCCGAGAGGCGUGAGGAGGAGGAGACGGAGGACUGAGCACCGUCCACCCCGCGAGGCACCAUGCCCAGGUCCUUUCUGGUGAAGAGCAAGAAGGCGCACAGCUACCACCAGCCCCGAGCCCCCGACGGGGAGUACAGCCUCAGCCUGGAGAGCGUCCUGGCACAGAUCUGCGCAGGUGAGAGCCAAAGCGGUUUCUUUGGCCCGGAUUCUUCGGGUGCCUCCGGACCGAGGGGCAGGGGCGGGUCAGGGUUUACUUUCGACGGAACAGCCAAGUCGCCGGAGGUGGUGGUUAUAGGCAAAUGGAGAUGAUUUUCCAUUUGACGCUUAUACGCAGGCAUGUAUCUGUAGUUACCACGUGCUUUUAUUUAGUUUGUUUUAUCUUACUGCAUUAUGAAAAAAGUCUUAAUCUUAUUUUAAAGUGUUUUUUUGUUUAGUGUCUUUUUAUCUUAUUGCCUUCAGGAAGAGUUUUAAUAAUAUCCGCUUUUUCACUACCCCGUCUCCCAAAUCCACUUUUUCACAGGUAGAACAAGCGGAUAAAAGGGCAGCUACCGCGUGAUAAAUAUAUCUAUCUAUAGUUAUCACGGAGUAGCUGCGCUUUUGAUCCAACAGGGGAAAAGUGGAUUUGAAGGUAGCGCGUUUGUUGGCUGGCUUUCUCCUCGGGCACCUGCAAAUGGGGAUUGUGCGACGGGGCGUACACGGGAAAGCAGGCUUCUCACGAGAUCUUUCUCCUUGCUCCCCCUUUCUUCCUUGGCAGACACUAAGGUUCCGGGGCAGAUACCUCUGGGCCUCCCGGAGCCUGAGCCCUCUCAGGGCCGCUUCUCCCCGGAAUCUCAGCUGCCCGACGGGGCGGACGGCACCUCGGAGUCGGCUCCCAGCUGCGAGGGCAGCCUCUGCGACCGAGCCGCCGAGCUGGAGGAUUUGUGGAGGCCGCCUUCUCCCUCGGCUUCCCCAGGUAGGAGCUGUCGGAAGGGCUGGGUGGUGGACGCGUUUCUGGGCUGCAUUGGGACAGGACCCGAGCGUUUUAUGGCCCUCGCUUUACAGCCCAGUCCUGGCAGUCUCGUUGCGUUUAGCAGGGUUUACUCCGAAGGAUGUGUGUAAAAGAUCUCAGCUGCCCACUUGCAUGUGCGUCCCCAUCUUCCCUCCUUAAAUUUCUCCCCUGGGUUUCAAGUUUUAACCCCCCCCCCAUCCCGCAUCUCCGACCAUUGCCGUGAGGAUGGGGGAAAGAGAAACCCUCUUUUGCCUGCAAAGACGUUCGAUGGUUUGCGCGCCCGGUUCAUAAUGAAACGCGAUUUCAGACGCGCGUGUUUACCUCUUAAUAAUAAGGCAGGAGGAAUCGCAGAACAAGUCCGCUUCUUGCUGACCCAAAUUGUCCCCUUAAAAAAGAAGAAGAAAAGAAAGAAAACGCUUCCUUUCUUAAAUUCAGCGAUUCAGGCUUAAAAGGUGUGAGAAUCUCUGGAUUUCCCCAUCGGAUUUUUGAAAGAGCCAAACUAUACCUGAGUAAUUUCUCUUUUAAUAUAUUUGAAAAGGGCAAGGUGGGGAUGGGAGCCACAGGACGAGCGCGAAGUCGAUCUGGAUUAGUCGAGGGAAUGAGGGAGAACACACCCCACCCGCCCCAGUAUCGGUAGGGAGCUCUUUUUGCCCGAGGGAAGCGGGGCUGACCAGUAAGCAACGAAUUCUGCGCUCCAGUUCGAGGGCGGAGAGAUUAAGCGCAGUUGUGUCCGAGCGGCUGCAUGAAGGAUCGGGACAGAGCUCAGGAUCGGGCCCCCGGGCAAAAGUGCAGAGCCGCACUCAGGGAAAAGAGCCCCCAAACGCAGCCUUACAUCAUCAUCAUCAAAAGCUUGAUAUUUUUUUUUAAAAAUUAUCUCUGAGCGGCAAGAAACCAAGUUAUACCAUCCCUGCUAGUGGAUCCCCGUUAAGACCAGAUGAAGUCCAUAGUGAAAAAUUUCCCAACUGCAUUACGCUGUACAGAGGACGCUGUGCAUUGGGGGGGGGGGGGGUCGGUCUCCAUCUUAUUAGUAGACUCUCUCUCUCUCUCUCUCUCUCUCUCUCUCUCUCUCUCUCCUUCCUUCCUUCCUUCCUUCCUUCCUUCCUUCCUUCCUUCCUUCCUCUUUCUUUCUUUCUUUCUUUCUUUCUUUCUUUCUUUCUUUCUUUCUUUCUCCCUUCCUUCCUUCCUUCCUUUCUCUCUCUCUCUCUCUCUCUCCCUUCCUUCCUUCCUUCCUUCCUUCCUUCCUCUUUCUUUCUUUCUUUCUUUCUCCCUUCCUCUCUCUCUCUCUCUCUCUCUCUCUCCCUUCCUUCCUUCCUCUUUCUUUCUUUCUUUCUUUCUUUCUUUCUUUCUUUCUUUCUUUCUUUCUUUCUUUCUCCCUUCCUUUCUCUCUCCCUUCCUUCCUUCCUUCCUUCCUUCCUUCCUUCCUUCCUCCCUUCCUUCCUUCCUUCCUUCCUCUUUCUUUCUUUCUUUUUUUCUUUCUUUCUUCUCCCUUCCUUCCUUUCCCUCUCUCCCUUCCUUCCUUCCUCCCUCCCUCCCUCCCUCCCUCCCUCUUUCUUUCUUUCUUUCUUUCUUUCUUUCUCUCUCUCUCUCUCUCUCUCUCUCUCUCUCUUUCUCAAAAGAGCCCCUUCCUUCCUCUCCCUGCCCUGGACUCGAUCCGGGCGCACGGCCUCUCCUCGAGAGCAGCGCAGCCUCUGGCUGGCUUUUCCUUUCCCUUUGAUGUGGUCGGCCCCGAGAGGAAGCUGAACUCCUCACUUGGCGUCAGUCGCCCUGAUCGCGUUCAGAAACACAGCCCGAGCAAUUUAGAACAAUUUGCUGGCGUUUUUUCCUUUUCCUUUUAGGAACGAAGGAGUCAUAGAAAAGCGGAUUAUUUUUUUUAAAAAAAUAUAUAAAUAACCGUAGCUUAAAGGCGUUGGCUUUAAAGCUAGAGAGAGAUCACUCCUGGGUCUAUACUAGCAGCAUGUAAGUGGAGAAUGGGAGCAGGGAGAACUCUUUGGCUGAAAAGAAAGCAGAAAAUUUGUGCUGCUGCUGUUUUUAAUAUAUCUCAGAAGGCUUCCUCCAAAAUCCUUACUAAACAAUUCUCCCUAAAAUGACUGUAGUUGUGCAGUAAGAAAGACAAGGGCGCUUGACAUGUAUUGAUAAAAUAGGCUAUGUCUUAUGUUGUAUAUCUGGGGAAAUGAUUAUUAAAAAGGCAUGAAUGAAAGACAGGGAAAUAUAUAUAUAUAUAAAUAACACACACACACACCCCGCGCCCCUUCUCGACCCUCUUGUUUGCAAAGUAGUUGUUUGCAAUGUGGUCAGGUUGUGAGUUCAAGGAAAUGGAAAGAAAGCGAUUCGUUCCUCCAAGGAGAAGGUUGCCCUAUAAAAUAGCAAGGGAAAUGGGGAUAAGUUUUCUGAAUCUUGCCUGCCUAGGCAUCUCCUCCCCCCACCCCCCAAAAAAAAUCACCACCUGUUUCAUAGGCUACAACAGGGGACUCCGGUUUGCAACAUUUCUGCGGCACCUCAAGCAAUCACAACCCAAAGGAACCUGUCUAAGCUUAUGACAUAAAUGAGCAACAGCAUGAUUUCAGACUAGACUCCUCUGCACACUUUGCCAUUUUAAUGUUUGAUGUUUUAAGUUGUUGGAAGCUGUCCAGAGCUGCUAGGCAGCACAUAAAUAAAUUAUUAUUAUUAUUAUUAUUAUUAUUUGGAGUUCAGCCCCAUUGAACACAGUGGAGUUUAUUUCUCAGUAAUCUUGCCUAGGAUUGUGAAGGAUUUGCUGAGACAAUUAAUAACUAGAAUACAAAAAAGGGAGGUGUGAGGAGGUCGAUGAAAUAAGGUAAUGACAGUUAAGGAUUUGAGAAUACUGGAUCUGCUUUUAAAUUUUUUUUUUGUUUAAUUCUGUUUUUUGAUUGUGAUGUAUUAUGUGUUUUGCCUUUGCUUUUUGAUUUUGACUAUUAUCGAUUUGUAUUGUUUAAUUGUUAUCUGUUCUUUUUUCUUCUUUUCUUCAUUGCUUUUCUUUGUAAUCUUAAAACUCUCAAUAAACAUCAUUUAAAAAAAAAGGAUUGUGAUGGGUAAUAUACAGAUGUAGAUACACAUUCUUGUGUAUGCUUUAUGUAUCUGUAUAUACAUUCCUAUUGACAACGAUGAUUGUAUUAAUCUGAUGGUAGGAACAGCUGAAUAGUGUAGCGAUAAUGAUGGAGUUGUAUUCACCUCACUUUAUCCUUCCAGACUAUUAAAUAUUACUUGUUAGGCUAUGAAAAUCUUUUAUGGCUGUUCAGAAGGAAGGAUGAGUAACCCACUGUGAUACUGUUUGCUUUCAUGGCACGAAGAAAUAGAUCCUUCCAGGGAUCCACAGGAGGAAAAUGAAGACUCAGCUCUUUCUUCCGGUCUCCCACUAAAAUAUAAUUUAGAAAUCUAUACUUACAUUUUUUAGCCUGCCUACACUUCCAGGACCUCCAGGUGCCAUACAUGCUUGCCCCCACAACCCCAAUUUUAUCUUCACAACAACCCUGAGAGUUUGGUGGCAUUGCAUGCCUUUAUUUAACAAAACACUGCGUGAUUGUGGAUCAUACCUCCAAGCAGUGCAAAACACUAACAUUGUCAAUAAAGGGCAAAGUUAAAAUCAAGUAUUAAAAAAAACAGCAAUCCCCAAAAUAAAAUAAAUAGUUCAGCAAACAACUUACUAAAACACAUGUCAACUUCUACAUGUCUAGCUUGCCCAAAAUGUUCAUAGCAAGUGCCGAAAAAAGAACAGUGAUGAUGCCAAAGUUUAGGAGCUGCUAUACUAAAAGAUCACUUUCUUACGAGUGAAUUAACAAAUAUUAUGUGUUACCUGUAACAGUGCCAGUUCUGUAGAUCAAAGCAGUUAAGUGGGCAUAUAUGGGAUGAGGUCAUCCUGGAUGUAAAGACAAAUGAACUGAAGGCAUACAACUGAGAGAAAAUGUGUGUGUUAACAGCAGCAGCAGCAGCAGCAGCAGCAACAACAACAACAGUACUCCACCCAUCUGAUGCACACAAUGCAUUGAUUCUCCACAUAUAGUUUCUCUGUAAAUCUAGUUCUGUGGCUUUUUGUUUCGUCAUGUGCCUGGAUGUCAUUGAUGUCUGCGUACAACCUCUACAAAAAUUUGCAUCCUUGCUUGUCCAAAAUAAUAUCCAUCAAGAGCAUUCAAGAGCCCUUUGGAAGCAAGGCCAGCCUCAAAAAUAUCAAAAGUAGUUGCAAGGGGCCAAAGUCGAGCUUAUAGUGAUAGGACUGAAUUAAGAGAUUACAAAGUUUGUGAUUGAUUAAAAUAGUUUCUCUUAGAGACCGACUGCUUGCCAGAUCAGACUGACAGCAGCUAGCCUUGCUGUGUUGCGCGGUCAUGAUCAGAGAUAGAAUAUAUCUCUGGUGUACUCCUGGUGAUGAGAUUCCCAGUGUUUGAGCUGCAUCCUAAAUCGGUUUGCAUCCAACAUCUCUAGUCAGCUUGCAAAGCAAGCUGAACCUUUGGCCCAUUCGACAAAAAGCACAACAUAGAACAGUUCAUUUGGACUUUUUGUGUAGUGUUUGUUUUCAGUUUUGCUCAGAAACGGAAAUUGCUGACAGCAUUUCCACUGAUGAAGUGACACUGUGGUGAAUGCUGAGAAUAGGAGAGUUGCCACCUUCUGGUUUUUUCCCAACAAAAUAGAUCUUGGGGGAAUGGGUGUGUGUGUGUGACAUCUCACCAAGGUGGGGGUUAGACUUUUGCUCGACCUGUUUUUUAAUUCUGCAUUUCAAAUCCUUGUAACCCACCCUGGGACCUGCUGGAGAAGACUGGGCAAUACAUGUAGUAAUAAUAAUAAGAAUAAGAAUAAUACAACCAAAAAGGAAGAUACAUAUGAUAACCUUCUUAAAAUUGGAGGUAAUGUAAGACAUUGUUGUUUCUUCAGGCAAAAUACUCAAACAGUACCUUCUGUAGAGGCAGAAAUGUAAAAAUGUAAUGCAAUUUAUAUUAUUAGAUGUCAAUUUAAUAAUUAACUCCUUUAACCAUACCCCCAAAUCUGACACUGAGGGCUGGCUUUCUCCUUCUGCCUAGUGAUUGGCUUUUAUUGUACUGAUUUAUUUGAAGAAGAGCAUCCAAGUGCCCCAAACAUUCUCUGAAUGGCACUAACGGCUUAGCCCCCAUCUCUCUCUCUCUCUCUCUCUCUCUCUCUCUCUCUCUCUCUCUCACACACACACACACACACACACACACACACCAUGCUCAAAUGAUCAAAAUGGGACCCAGUGGGUGAUCUGCCUGAGUGUGAGAAAAAUAUCGCUACUGCAAAAUUGUUUUUGUCAAAGCAGAGCACAAACCUGAGGCUGUAAUAAACAUGUAAAAAAACGCCUCAAAAAACCUUGCUGGCUCAAUCAAUUCAUACCCCUUUCCCUUUUGAUUCUAUUUUGCUCUAUUCACUUGUAAAGACAUUGCUUAAAGUUUUAAUUUCUUCUUCUUCUUCUUCUUCUUCUUCUUCUUCUUCUUCUUCUUCUUCUUCUUCGCCUCUAUAAUUGUUUUAUUACCUUUUCCUGUGCUUGCAGAAAGUGCUUUUUUAACCCGUCUUUUUCUUGCCGGGGUGUGUGUGUGUGCAGAUAGAAUAUUAUUAAGCUACAGCCAUUUUUAUUUUUACAGUUAUUUUUAUUCUCAGUGGACUUAAUCACAUAUCUUCAUUCCCCUCUCUAUUAAACCGUUGAUUAUAUAUUGUUAUUGGAUUAUCAGUCUGAUAAGCAAUAAUUCAGGAGUUAGUUGAUGGUUUCUUGUAAACCGAUUAUUCUACUGCAACAUUUUAUCUUGUAUUUUUCCUAUGAUUAUUACAUGUGUGCAUGUGCUUUAAAUAUGCUCCUUGAUAAAAUUAGCUAAUAAUGUGAACCACAAGGUGUUGGGGGAUUUAAAAACACAGUUAGAUGUAUCUCUUACAUGUAGCAUUUUUAUUUUUUACAUGAAAUGGAUUCAGAUAACAUAUGACAUUUGAUUUGACUCCAUUUCAUGUAAAACUUAUGAAACUGGAUUACUGUUAAUAAUAUAGGAGUAGUGUGUGAAAUCUGUAAUAACCAUAGCUGUCAACUUUUCCCUUUUCUUGCGUGGAAUCCUAUUCGGAAUAAGGGAAUUUCCCCUUAAAAAAGGGAAAAGUUGACAGCUAUGGUAAUAACCCCCAAUGCGUAUUUUCCCUUUAACUCAAAACAUAUUGCAGGCAUGAGCAGAAACAAAAACCUUACUACGUUCACACCUUAGAGGCCAUAACAGCACAAAUAUAUAUUUUCAGCUGUGGUUUGCCUUUUCCUAUGCAGAGUAAACCCACUAAAAUUAAUGAACUUAAGCUGGUCACAUUUAUUAAGGCUAGCAUGAAAUAUUUAUUAUUUGUUUAUUAUUUAUUAAAUUUAUACGCCGCCCUUCAUCUGAAAAUCUCAGGGCAGUUGACAAGAUAAAAAAUACAGGAUAAAAGCACAAAUAAAUAAAACAGAAAACCAAACAAAAAACAACAACCAUGCCCCCUCCCACAAACACUAUUUUUAUUUAUUAAUAAUGAAUACCUUUUGAUAUUCAAAUUCAGAGUUUGGGUCAUGGUUAGGCACCAAUUAUUUCGACAUGUAGCAUUAUAUUCCCAGCCUCCCCUCUGUUAAAAAUAAAAUAAAGUCACAACGUGGCAGGGCUUGAAACAUUAUGGAACAGCUGACCCUCUGAUUUAUUGAUGUUAAAAACAUCUCUUACUGUGUGUUCUUUCUUUCCAUGUAAAAAUAUGUCCGACUGCUGGGGAAUACACAGGGCACGAAGUGGCGCAAGUUAGGUUAAAAAAAUCACCUCAGGCAGUGCUCCCGCCUGGGGGGUACUCAAGGAUAUGCAGUACCACCCCCAAAUGUUAAAAUUGUGGGGCAUUUACUGUAACAACUUCAUAGUGAGCACCGGCACCUUCCCCCCCUUUUAAUUUAUUUAUUUUUUAAACACACCAAUCACCUGUAUAGGUGUGUGGGUGUGUAUAGGGCGGGAAUCAAGUACAACCCCAAUGUACACUUUGCCCAAACCAGUCAAUACUUGCAUAUUCAAGUUAUGGAACCGAGGUACUGCUGUUAUGCUGUGGGGUGUGUGUGUGUAUGUAUGUGUACAUGAUUCUUGCUGCGAGAGAAGCUUUUUCGUAGAUAAGAACAGGACAGGCAUUCAUUAGCAACACCGCAUGAGCCAACAGGUGCUGGUAAUAGCCUGCAAUUCCACAUGGCUUUCAGAGUAGCGAGUGGUGUACUACCUAGAGCAGAGGUUUUCAACCUUUCUGAGUCCACGGCUGCCUUGACCAACUCCAUUCUUUCUGCAGCACCCCUGUGGGGCUCAGGAGCCCAGUUAUGUCACCCUUUGCCUGCAGAGCUGACAGUCUCUCACCCUUUUUCAAACACCCUCCCUUGUGGAGUGUUCCCUCAGCUUCCUUUCCUCUCCCCUCUCCUUGGGGGUCCUCUGGGCAGCCGCUGCUGCUGCUGCCCCUGGUCUCUGAGCUGCCCGCCCUGCCCCAAAGAGAGGUGUCUUCUCCCACUGCCCCACAAGGGCCUAGGAAUCAGCCCCUGGCCAGCCCUAGAGGCACUAUUUGUCUGGGGAGCUUGCAGCCAGGGCUGCUGCAGCAAACUGCUGUGCAAGCCUUUGGGAGGCAGAGAUGCAAGAGGGUAUCAGAGGAGGGAGGGAAGGAAAGAGGGACUGAGGCCAGUGUUGCCCGCGGCACCCCUGACUGUCAUUCAAGGCACCCAAGGGUGCCACGGCACACUGGUGGAAAACCAUGGAGCUAGGGGAAGAAGCAUUCAAGGCUUAGAAAGAAUAUCUGUCUAUGACAGAAGCACAAUAAGAGAGCUGCAUCUGGUGCCACAAUUGCUAUGCAUUUGUUUAGCUAAGACUGAUCAUGCAGCAGACACGAUCUUGUGGAGUCACAGGGCAAGAACCUCUGGGUAAGUCAGGCAAUGCCAUUACUGGGCUGGUUACGAUUUAAAAUGAUGCAAGUGAACUUUUGCGAGACUUCGACGUCACGCUAGAAGCAAAUUUGUUGUUGUUUAGUCGUUUAGUCAUGUCCGACUCUUCGUGACCCCAUGGACCAGAGCACGCCAGGCCCUCCUGUCUUCCACUGCCUCCCACAGUUUGAUCAGACUCAUGCUGGUAGCUUUGAGAACACUGUCCAACCAUCUCAUCCUCUGUCGUCCCCUUCUCCUUGUGCCCUCCAUCUUUCCCAACAUCAGGGUCUUUUCCAGGGAGUCUUCUCUUCUCAUGAGGUGGCCAAAGUAUUGGAGCCUCAGCUUCACGAUCUGUCCUUCCAGUGAGCACUCAGGGCUGAUGUCCUUCAGAAUGGAGAGGUUUGAUCUUCUUGCAGUCCAUGGGACUCUCAAGAGUCUCCUCCAGCACCAAAAUAGAGGCAUCCAGAUAUGCCCCCCCCCAAAUCAGCACCAAGUGGUCAAAGCUUCCUUGGCUGCUGCUGCAGGUGGGAGGCUGUCAGUGCAAUGCUAGGCUCAUCUACUCAGAAGUAAGGCCACCUGAGAUCAGUGGUCUCCCUGCCAGGUAAUUUGUAAGCUGCCCAGAGACCAUUUGGUAAAGGUUAUAAACACAAGUGAUAAAUGCAUAAGGGAUGGGAGCCGGAAUGUUUGAACCCUUCUCCUACAAAUAAGCUUCCCACAGGUAGAACACUAGCAUGUCAAGGAGAAGAAGCACCUUGUCUUCCUCAGGGACAUUCUAGUUUACAACCUGCUGAUUUCAACCUCACGGCAAACCAAGGGGAAAAACAUGCAACCCCCUUGCCACGCCUACAGCUUAAAAUGUUGUGGUCUAGGAAAAGUUUGACCUCUUGAGUCACCUGGUCAUAAAUAAGGGAGAUCUUUAAAAAGCAAACCAUGCUUUAAUAUAGCUAUAACUACUGGUCUUUUUGUAAGAGCAAGUAUUCUCUUCCCUUACUGUCUGAGACCUUAUAAUCUAGCUUGGCAUUUUCAAAUGUUGCCCCUGAUUUGGGAAGUUGCAUCUCCUUUUCUCCCAGAGGCUUUCAGUAUCUAAAACAUCUCCCUUCAUCUGCCAACCUGGACCUUGGGAUCUGCAUGGGGAGGCCGUUCUCAUGGUCCCGCUGAUGGGACAAGGCCUUUUAGCUGAGAUUCCUGCAUUGCAGGGGGUUGGACUAGAUGACCAUUGGGUCCCUUCCAACUCUAAGAUUCUCUGAUUCUCUGUGGCAGCACCCUAUCUGUGGAACUUCCCUCUACUGGAAGUGCAUCAGUCAUCUUCAACAUGGAGUUUUCAUUGCCAGCUAAAGAUGUACUUGUCUCCCAAGGUGUUUUGCGUGGUGUUGGAGUAGUUGUUUGACUUGCUUGCCUCUUCCUAGGAGCUUACUUUCUUGGGCUUUUACUUCAUUUUUCUGGGUUGGUGAACUACAUACAUUUAUUGCAUUUGUUUUUAUGAUGAAUUGUGAAUCACCCCAUGAUCUUUAUCAGCGCAGGGUGGUUUAUAAAGGUGGGCGGAAUUACCAAAAUAAAUCUGACGUGGUUGAAAGCAUCUGCAACUGUGCAAAUUCUUAGAUUGUCUCCAAAAUGAGAUCAGCGCCUUGUGUUAUGUGGUUUUUUUUCCUUUCCAAAAUGGUGGUGCUGUGCUCCUAAUCACUCAUAUAACUGAAAAGCGGGGGAAAUGAUUCACUCCUGAAUGAUUUUGCAAGGAAACAGGUUUGAGAUGAGACUCGUGAAUGACAGAAUUAGCCUCACUGUUCCCUAGUUUUGUCUCAGAAAUCAGGGCGAAGAAGAGAACUAUCCUUUAAUCUCAAAUGUUUAUGAACUGGACGGCGCAGAGCGUGAAUUUUAAAGUAGCUUUGUGCGGAGCAAAAUGAAGAUGUAAAACGUUUGGCUGUUCCUUGCAACCACUGCCACUAAACUCGUGAAAAUCUCCAGUGGUUUUUAAAAUGAGCCAACUGUUAUGAAGCUGUUGUUGAAAUGCUUGACUAACAGAGCUUCUUGUUAUUGCCUAUUCUAUUAUCUCCAGGAGGGCUUGCUUCCUUACUGUUGCAUUUUAAUUUUGACAGAGCUUUUAGGCUAAUGACAACAGAAGUGUAUUAUUGUUUGGUCAAAUACACCUGAACUUAUUUCAACCUGUGGGUGAAUGGGAGGGAGGGAGUAGUUCUCUCACACAUGAACUGCGGCCGUUAGUGACUGUGGGUGCUUCCAGGCAGGCAUUCAGUGCGAAAUGUGAGCUACCCAUGCACACAGGUGUGUUUUUUUACACUGUUCAUACAAGGAUGCCACCAACAAAAUCCCAACCCUGUCCUUAUGUUGCUUUGUCUUAUCUGGAUUUUCCUCUUCCACGGCAAAUAUGAUGAGUAAAAACAACCCAUUGUGCCUCUGCAGCAACUGCUGGUAUGGAAGCUUCUUAGCACUAACCACAAAAUACGUAAUAAAAAUAAAAACAACAACCCAGUUACACCCCUCCAAAAACCCACAUUUUAGAAGGACAUAGAAUGUCAAUCAAAUCAAUCAAAGGCCUGGUUAAAAAGGAAUGUUUUUGCCUGGCGCCUAAAGGUGUAUAAUGAAGGCGCUUGGCAAACUUCCCUGGGGAGAGCAUUCCACAGACAGGGAGCCACCACAGAGAAGGCCCGUUCUUGUGUUGCCACCCUCUGGACCUCUCGAGGAGGAGGCACAUGAAGAAGGGCCUCAGAUGAUGAUCUCAGGGUCCAGGUAGGUUCAUAUGGAAAGAGGCAGUGCCUGAGGAAAUGUGUGAUAUAUAUGGGGGAUAUAUGGAAGAGAAGUGACUGGACCAGACAAGAGGACCUUCUUGGUAGUUGCACCUGCCCUGUAACACCCUCCCAUUAGAUGUCAAGGAAAUAAAUAAUUACCUGACGUUUAGAAGACAUCUGAAGGCAGCCCUGUAUAGGCAAGGUUUUAAUUUUUGAUGUCUUACUGCAUAUUAAUUUGUUAGAAGCUUCCCAGAGUAGCUGGGGUAACCCAGUCAGAUGGGCAGCAUAUAUUAUUAUUAUUAUUAUUAUUAUUAUUAUUAUUAACAAAGAAACUCAGCCCAGACACAUUCCAUCAAGCUCCACCCCGUGGUGCAGAUGUCAGGUGGUGGUAUAGCAGUCAAUAGCAUGACUGGAGAAAAUGGAGUAUGUAGACACUCAUGUCAAUCAUGAACAAAGAGAAACAGGAUCUGCACAACCUAUUUGUAAGAUAAGCCUGGAAGCACCCUAUAUACUAAAGAGCUAACACAACAAAGAGGUCGAGUGCAUGUUCUGUGUGAACCCCGUUUAACUGCUUCCACUCAAUUUGUGUCUCGACAGCCUCUGAGCGCUCCAUCUGCCCCUCCUUGGAUGAGGCUCCCCCCUUCUCCGUGCCCUUGAAGCCCUAUGCCUGGAGUAGCCUUGGGAAUUCUGAGCUGAGACAUUUGGUCCAGAGCUACAGGCCCUGCCCAGGUCUGGAACGUAGCUCAUCCCUCGGUCUCUUCUGCGAGAGGGGAUCUGAGCCUGCUCUCUAUGGAUCGGAACGCAGCUCAGCGCUGGGACUCUAUGGUGACUUUGGCUCCUCUGGACUCUUUGAGCGACCAGCAGCAGCCUCUGGGAUCUACGUGGAAGGCCCACCUGGACUCCAGCAGGAGAAGAGUGCAAGUAGCAUCAAAUUGGAAUCAGAGCUCCUCUGUCGCCCCCUGUUAAUCAGCACUGGUUCCUACAAGUGUGUCAAAUGCAGCAAGGUAUGGACCAUAUUCUAUGACUGACCCCCUUUGGUGGCAUUCCUCCGUUCCACCCUUCUCCACUCAGUCAGCUUCGGUGGGGGUUAUUUAGGGGUGGUGAGGUCUGAAGGCUUGGGCAAGGUUGGUCAAGGCAGAGACAGGCCCCUCGUUAUUGCUUAAUUUAAGGAUGUGUGACUAGGAAGCUUGUACAGGGAAGGUGGAGCCAUGGCAUAUUAAUUGUUCAGAUAGCUCUUAUGAACAUAAGAAGAUUCUUGCCCAUGAGCCCAACAUCCUGGUUCCUACAGUGGCCAACCCAAUGCCUCUCAUAAGCCCCAAAACAGGACAUGACAGCAAAACCCCUUUCACUGUUGUUCCCCAGCAACUGAUAUCCAGAGGCCUGCUGUCUCUGAUCCUAGACAUAGUAUACAGCCAUUACUGACCAAUAGCCUUUUGCAGGUCUGGCUGGACUUCACAAUUGUCCUUGUUUUGUAACAUUUCUAAACUUUGCUUUUGUCACAGACACUCUAAGCUGUUUGUAGCAUUUCUAAAUCAUCAAUCAAUUUAGACAAUGAAAAAAACCUGCUACAUUUGACACUAUAUAUAUAUAUAUAUAUAUAUAUAUCCCUAAAAUUAUAAACUGCAUAUGAAGCAGUAUCAGAUAGAUAUACUGAUCGACAAAACAGUAUCAAUUAUUACAGGAGACUACAUACCUGUCAAUCAGCAUUUCAGCUUGCAGUAACAGUGGCACAACUAGGUAGUGGUGUAGCAUUGGGGCGGUUUCCCCAGACCCAAAAUUGUUAGGAGCGUAAAAUUUCAGCACCUGGUGCUGCCUCAAAACAGCUGUGCGCUUUUGUCGCUGAGCUCCAUUGAAAAAGGCUUCUCCAUGUGAACCAGAAAGUGACCUCUCUGGACAAUGAAAUGACUCUUCUUAUUUCUGUGGCUGCGAUUGCCUGGGUGACGCAGGCACUAUUAGGGAGUUGAAUGUGCAUGCAUGCCUCAUCCAUUUCCCUCCACGUGGCCCCGGGCACUCGCAACCCUUGCUACACCACUGCAACUAGGAAAUAUUAGGCUCUGGACUUAAUUGUCUUAUGAGGUCCCCCUCUCUUUAGAUAGUAACAUGCAUUACCUCAUUUGUUUCAAAAUGUGGCCAUCCAGCCGGGCUGUGGCUGCAAUCCCUCUUGCUCAUUCCGUGGCUUGGGCCAUUGAAACCUGCCCCACCCUGAUGGCACCAAUACUCAAUAAUGUUAAUUGGCUGAACCUCUGUGGGGAGAAACACUCUCCUAAACAGCUCUGAUAUCUUAAGUUCAGGACCUGCUGUGAGCUUCAGGCCUUCCUGAACCAUAAUUCUCUUUGUCUUCCCCGCUGCUUCUCAGGUCUUCUCCACUCCCCACGGCCUGGAGGUGCACGUUCGUCGUUCGCACAGCGGCACCAGGCCCUUCGCUUGUGAAAUGUGUGGCAAGACAUUUGGCCAUGCAGUUAGCCUGGAGCAGCAUAAAGCUGUGCACUCACAGGUGAGAACCCCGGGGAAGGUGGCAAGUGGUUGGAGAGGGUUCAUCCACACGGUGGCUUAAUGCAAGGAGCCAGCUUUCUGUAUCUCUAUUAAUUCUCUGACGUUCUCCUCCAAAGCACUGCCUCCUCACACUUUCCCCUCCUUCAGUCCAGAUUUACUCAUACCGGGGAUACUCUGAAACAGAGAGGGUGCGAGGAAAUCUGGCUUGAGGGAGGGGAAAGUGUGGAGAGGCAGUGAUUGGGGGAGAAUGUCAUACAGACAAUGAAGAAUUAAUGGAUAUACAGGGGUACCUUGGUUUACGAACUUAAUCUGUUCUGGAAGUCCGUUCUUAAAUCAAAGUGUUCUUAAUCAAGGCGUGCUUUCUCAUAGCAGCGGGGGGACUCAGUUUACAAAUGGAACACACGCAAGAGGAAGCGAAACAUGUUCUUAUACCAAGGCAAAGUUCACAAACCAAAACACCUACUUCUGGGUUGUUCAUAAACUAAGAUGUUCUGAAACCAAGGUACCACUGUACAGUAAACUCACUAUCUACAGUACAUCAGAGUUUCCCAAACUUGUUUUUGGACUACAUUUCCCACCAUCCUUGACCAUUGGUUCUGCUGGCUAAGGAUGAUGGGUGUUGUAGUCCAAAAACAGCUAGAGGCUCAAGUUUGGGAAACCCAGAUCUACAUUAAAUGACAGUAUAGCCCAGAGUGACAGAUUAAUGGGACUAGCAGUCUCCUUGCCAGGGAAAGGUGUGUGGGUUAUCAUGCAGGGCUGGUGGGAAUUAAUCCUGAUUACAAUCCUACAACCAACCUGAAAGGUGCUCACCAAAAAGACGAAACAGUGAUAUUUCAUAUGUUUUUGUUGCAACCUUCCCCGCCCUGCACAACAAACCCAUAUGCACGCGUACACACACACACACACACAAACUUCCAUCAAAUUUGCCUUUCUUUCUUUUAAAUAACUUUUUAUUGGGUUUUAAAAACAAGAAUAAUGUUAUACAAAUAAGUAUACCAAGUUUUCUCAUGUCAUAUGUCUAUCAUAAAAAUAGCAUAAUAAAUGUGGAGUAAUAUCUACAACAUGUGGUUCAUCAUUAGUGGUCAGUGUAUAAGUUCUUGGCUCAUUAAUUGGUUAAAAAUAUUAGGAAGACAAGAGAGGGGGGAAGGGGGAAUAGUAAGUGGGGUGGGGGUCAGGUGAUUAUGCUUCUAUUCUUCUACUUAGUGUAUGUGUGGGGUUUUGUGCCCGCGUAAAUUUCCCUUCUUAAAAUUAUUAGAGAUCCUGGAACACAAAAAUGAAGUUUGAGGGUUUUGCGAUCUAGAUUUGGAGAAGCGUUAAUAUCACUGCAAUAAAUCUAAGUAAAUCUCUCUUCCUUCCCCACUCCUGCCAUGCAUUAGAAUACAAAUAAAAGAGUUAGAAGGGACGCGGGUGGCGCUGUGGGUUAAACCACAGAGCCUAGGACUUGCUGAUCAGAAGGUCAGUGGUUCAAAUCCCUGCAACGGGGUGAGCUCCCGUUGUUUGGUCCCAGCUCCUGUCAACCUAGCAGUUCGAAAGCACGUCAAAGUGCAAGUAGAUAAAUAGGUACCACUCCGGCGGGAAGGUAAACGGUGUUUCCGUGUGCUGCUCUGGUUCACCAGAAGCGGCUUAGUCAUGCUGGCUACAUGACUGGGAAGCUGUACGCCUCCUUCCUCGGCCAGUAAAGCGAGAUGAGUGCCGCAAGCCCAGAGUCAGCCACGACUGGACCUAGUGGUCAGGGGUCCCUUUACCUUUAAAAGAGUUAGAAUAAUGAUCUGUUGUGACCUUGACGGAAGCAUACAAUAGACGAGCCUUCUUGUGUUUUGGCUCAUUUUCCUCUCCCCCCUCCCCCUCCUCCUUUCCUUUUUCUUUUUUCUUUUCUAUAAUGACUUAUGCUCUGUGCCAUGUACUUUGAUAUUUUUUGUAGUUUUUUUAGCUUUUUCCAUUAUUAAGGAUUUUUCUUUUGUAAUUUUGGUUCUUUAUAUUUAUCUAUAUUUGUUUAAAGCAAAAUAAAAGUAUUUAAAAAAAAAAAAAGAGUUCUUGUCCCCAAACCCAAAUUAUGCACCCUUCAAAAGCUUCACCUUUUCUUCAACACUGUUGAAGUGCUGUGGGGGACGGGGACAGCAGAUAUAUACCGUAAGUUUAAAGCAUAUCCAACACACAUUUAAAGCUGAUUACUUCCGCUAAAGAAUCCUGGAAACUGUAGUUUGUCAAAAGUUAUAGGAAUUCUGACUCUGGGAGGGGGUCGUCAUGUGUGUUGGGUGCACUUUAAAUGUAUGGUGCAGUUGGAGUGGGAAAGAAAUGUACAUAGAUUUUCUUGACCCUGGUAACGAAAAGACACUUGCCUGAGAACUCUAGGUGCUUUUAAAAAUUGGAGCUGGAAGGACGAACACUAAAGGCUUUUCAUCACAAAAUGUAACUCUUUCUGUAAUACACAUGUAAAACCUGUGGAACACAAGUAUCCCAUGCAGAUGUUUCCUGGUUCAAUUCUCAGUAUCUCCAGAGUGGUUUGGGGAUGUUUUCAUGGUUCAGGGGAAAACUACAUGAUAAAACAGAACAUUUCAAUAUAAUGAAAUAUAAGUAAAGUCCCAGGUUUGAAGGAGGAGGCAACUUCAGCCAUUUCCGCCCCACCCCCCAUCCAAUGCAGUCACUAUGGGAUCUAUAUUUUGCGACAAAGCAAAUGGCCACCGUAUAUCUGAAUUAUUUUGAAUAAUUCUCAGUUUUGUUUAGGCAAGAAUACCCAUAAAUGUAUUUUUAAAUUACUGGAUAUCUGCUUUCAGAACUUCUGGUUUUGAUAUAAUUGUAUUAUUCCAAAGUGUUUUUUCCUUGUGAAUUUUGUAUUAUUUUAUGUAAGCGCCUUUAAGUGGUACGUCAAUCUUCUCAAACCAAAGGGGGGAAAAUCAAUUAUCAGAUUUCAUUUUGAAAGCUGCUUCUAUGCAAGUGGUUAGCUAUGAACAGAUAUUCUAAACGCAUUAAAUGAAGAAGAUGGUGCAUCUACAUGAAGGUCCUGCUUUCUCUCGGCAGGAGCGCAGCUUUGAUUGUAAGAUCUGCGGUAAGAGCUUCAAGAGGUCCUCCACGUUGUCUACCCAUCUUCUCAUCCACUCAGACACCCGGCCUUAUCCAUGCCAGUACUGUGGGAAGAGAUUUCACCAGAAAUCCGACAUGAAGAAGCACACUUUCAUCCAUACAGGUGAGAAUCGCUACCUCCCUCUUGGCCUCCCAGAAUCAAUCAAUCAAACAAACAAACAAAUAUCAAUCCACCUCCCACCCCCUGCUGUUGGGAUAAAUGGACAUCUUUAUCCGCUGGUUUCUUUUUUUGUUAAAUUGUUUUUAUUAAUUUUCCAAUUAAAAAACAUCCAAUUUAGCAUAUCAAAUCAUAAUCCAAUAAAAAUAAAAAACUAAAAUAACAAAGAUCUAAUUAUCUUCCAAAUUAGAAUUAUUAAUUUUUGGGACUUCCCAUAGUUUGGACCUUGAAGCACAUCUCCAAAUCUCAAUCCUGCCUCUCGUUGUUAUUUCCAUAUUUCCACAUCUCGAUUUUAACAUUCUAAACUUCUUUUUAUCCGCUGGUUUCCUCCAGAGUGAUGCCGGGAAAGCAGGGUGGACUAGCUGGCAAAUUUAUUUUUUGUCUCUCCAAGGUACAAGUAGUUUUAGAAAGACAGACACGCAAGCCCUCUUCAGCUCUUCCUUUAAAGCAGAGGAGGUGGCAAAUGUUUUUCUAUGUGAGGGCCACAUUCCUUUCUAGGCAACAUUCUGAGGGCCACAUGCCAGGGGCAGAAAGAGCCGCUGGACAGAGCAAUGCAGUGCUUCCCUCCCUAAAAAAAUGCUUAGGAGUACUCUCAUUUUCCUACUCAUAUUGAAAUACAGUCGUAUCUUGGGUUACAGACACUUCAGGUUACAGACGCUUCAGGUUACAGACUCCGCUAACCCAGAAAUAUUACCUCAGGUUAAGAACUUUGCUUCAGGAUGAGAACAGAAAUUGCGCGGCGGCGGCGGCGCGGCGGCGGCGGGAGGCCCCAUUAGCUAAAGUGGUGCUUCAGGUUAAGAACAGUUUCAGGUUAAGAACUGACCUCUGGAAUGAAUUAAGUUCUUAACCAGAGGUACCACUGUACUGCCCCUCAAUGAGGCCAAACUUAGAUUCACAAAAUGUUUAGGGGUAUGUCUACCCCUGCGUACCCCGGGGUGGGGGGGAAAGCACUGGAGCAAUGAAUGUCAAUUUUCCCUUUGUAUUGUUAUUUCUACCCACACUCCUGAGGCAAGAUACAAGAUGGCGCCCUCCCCAUUGCAUGUGUAUAGAAUUCAGCUGACGUCGCUACCAAUCCCUGCGCCCUAGCAUUUGCUGCCUGCAUUUUGUUCUGCCUAAUGGUAGGCCCAGCCAGAAAGUUGGAGGAUGCAGAUCCAAACAGUCAGUCUUGAUACUUGCUCUGGAGCUCUCUUGUGUAUUUUGAGUUUUUCCAAUCGAACUGCUUGAGGGCUAUUUUCAGUGGUAGGCAAGGCACCAUGAUUUUGAGUUUCUGGGGAACAUGGAAACAAAACAAAAACGCAGAUUGAAUAGCUGAGGAAAACUGUUAGGAGAAAGACAAACAAAACAUACUGCAGAUUUAAAUGGAGCUUUUCUCAGGGGGUAUGUCUUCUGACCCAGCAGCCUUCUGUAUUCACUGAAGUGGGAGUAAAUAACAAAGAUAUUAUCCCCCAUGCGAAUAAAAAACAGAAGGAGAGCUUUGCAGAGAUCUAUAGAGUCCAACACCUGUUUCCUACAAUGGCCAACCAGAUGACUAUGGAAGGCCCGCAAGCAGGAGGUGAGGGCAAUAGGCCUCUCCUACCAUUUGCUGUUUGGCAACUGAUAUUCAGAGGCAUGUUGCCUCAGUUAUUGGAUGCGAUGCAAAACCAUUAUGGCUAGUGGCCAUUGAGAGCCUUAUUCACCAUGAAUACGCUUAAUCCCUUUUUAAGAAUGUCUACGUUGGUCCAGCACUACAUCUUGUGGUAGCAAACUCUACUAUUCAACAAUUUAGCUUCAUCAGAUAAUCCCCAUUCCAGUACUUUUCAGAGAGGGAGAAAAUGGUCUCUCUGUUCACCGUCCUGCCUGUCACUCACAAUUUUUCUAGGCUAAAAAACCCCAAACCUGUUUCUCCUAGGGAAGUUGCUCCAGCCCCCUGAUAUUUUGGCUGCUCUUUUCCAGCUCUAAAAUAUCAGCUGUACACUGUAUUAUAAGAGUGGUUGCACCAUAGUUUUGUGUAAAGGCAUUGUGUAGGUGGUUCCAUCGUAUCCUAAUGAUUCCCAACAUGGAAUCUGCCUUUUUCACAGCAGUACCACACUGGGUCAACAUUUUCAUUUGGCCACCCACCACAAAUGCAAGAUCUCUUUUCACUCAGUGCCAGCUUAAAUCACAUUGACGUAUAUAUGAAAUAAGGAUUUCUGCAUGACUUCGCACUUGCUUAAAUUGCCGUUUUAAUGUCCAUUCACCCAGUUCUGAGACAGCCUUUUGUUCCAAAGCUUUAUGUCAUUCUGUAUGGCUGAUGUGAAAAAACGCCGCAUAUUACACCUUGGAAAAUGCAAUUCAUGGUCACUGCUGUUGUGAGUUUCCAUGUGCAAUCUGAUUGCAAGAGCGUCACUGAUAUUGUCCAUCUCCGCAUUGCUAACUCCAUUCUCCACCCAUGUCCUGCCCCAUUUUUGUGAACUUUUAUUGGUUUUUAGAAACCAAUUGCUUGUCAUGGUUUCAAAGUGCACUAGUCUACUCUCAGCGUAAUGCCACUUAUUUUGAGCGUGUGUUGAUGGAAAACUAGAUGCCCCUCAGCAAAACCUCGCAACGUGUAAGAACAAAUGGCUGCACAAUUAUUUCCCCAGGAAGCGUGACCAUUAACAUUUCAGAGACAGGGAAGGAGGCAGUGAAAGAAAAAGGCCUUCUGUGGUUAGGACAAGGGCAGCGCCCGGAUUUUAAAAUCAGGUUCUUCCACUUUCCAGACAUGCAUACUGGCUUAGUGAGCAAUGAGGGCCACUCUCUGUGUGCAUGUUUGGGAGAGGAAAUUAUUUGUGCAAUUGGAAAUAGAAACGAACGAUCCGACUGCAUUGAGACUGGGGCUACUGAAAUGCUCUUUUCAUCUGAAGAGGAGGUGAGCAAUGAAGAACGAGCUGCUUAGGGGAAGAGGGUGGAAAUCUUCUCCUCCAAAGGUUUUCAAGGGAACUCUGAUCAGUAGUUUGCCAAGGAUGCUUUAGGGAAGAAAAGGAUAGCUUCCUAAGUCUGAGAGCUGAGAUCCGCAUUGAGCUGGCUGUUUAGGGGCUGCACCCUCUGACAUCAUUGCCAAGCUCUGAGUUACCUGAAAGGGUAAUGUGAGAGCUCCCUUGUCUUCUUCUUCCAGUUGUGCCUUGUCAGAGAGUGGCUGGUACUUGUCCUAAACUAGGGCGAUUAAAAUCAGCACAAAACUUGAGAAGGAUCUUAAGGAUGCUAUCCUAGGGUUGCCAUAUUUCAAAAAGUAAAAACCAGGGCACCCCGAAAGUUGUUCAGCUUUUUUUAGACAAACCCCAAAGUUGUUGAGUUGAAGGUUUGUUUAUUUUUUGUUUCUUUACAAAAACACGAUUCUCCAAUUGACUUGCCUAAGAGCCAGUACAAAGCGCUGCCUUUUGGAAAUUCACCUCCAGAUGUCUGCCUUUUGAAAUCCUAGGAAUGUCCAGACAUAUGGCAGCCCUAUGCUAUCCUUAGUAUUUAUUCCGAGUCACCCACUCGUAUUGGAUAUCUGGGGGUGCCAUUUUCUUUAUAUAUAUAAUUUUUUAUUAGUUUUUUUAACAUAUCAUUUUCAACAGUAAUUAAACAUACUUUUACAUCUUAUUCAAAUUUUUGACUUCCAUCAAUCCUGUCUGAAAAUUUUCCAAUCUAAUCUCUCAGUAUGCAUUUCUUAUCUUCCCUAUUACAUUUCAAACUCAUAACCAAUAUCUCUAUCUUUUCCUAUUUUGUAACACUUUGUAUAUUUCUCCUUACAAAACUCCUUGUAGUCCUACUAGCGUAAUUUGUUGAUUACAGUUGCUCUUCAAAUAAUUCAUAUACUUCUUCCAAUCUUCUGUAAAUCUCUGGUCCCGCAGGUUUCGAAUCCUUCCUGUCAUUUUGUCCAAUUCUGCAUUUUCUAUUGGACUUUUCAAGCUGGUUUGUAAAGGGUGCUACGUUGUUGUAACUUUGUGCCCAUCCUUUUGUAAUCCGCAGGUGAGAAGCCCCACAAGUGCCAGGUGUGCGGCAAAGCCUUCAGCCAGAGUUCCAACCUCAUCACCCAUAGUCGGAAGCACACGGGCUUCAAGCCCUUUGGCUGCGAUCUGUGUGGCAAAGGCUUCCAGAGAAAAGUGGAUUUGCGGAGGCACCGAGAGACGCAACAUGGUCUGAAAUGAGAGCCAUGCAGAAUCUGGGCGGGGAGGGGGAGGGAACCCAGGGAACCCCCAAAAACACUAUGUCAACAGACUUUUCCUCCUCCCUUGGUGGGCUGCCCUCUUCCUGCCCCCGCCUCUCUUGUCUGGCCACUUCCUGCCAUGUUCUCACUAAACAGGAAGCCAGAGCAGACUGGCCAGCAUUUUGUAGAACUUCACCGAAAGGUCUUGGAAUGAAAAUGGAACGCCAAGGCUGAAGUAAGGUGGGGUGAAGUCUUUUUUCCCCACUCUGUGUCUCUUCCUUUAAAAUUAAACACUGGAAAAAUAACAUGCGCACCCCACCGCCUUAAAGCCCCCAAAGUCUUUGUAAACAUAAGCUACUGGUGCCUAUGAACCAGAAAGUCCUUUAAAAAUGAAUUUCCCUGCUAACCUUUGAUUUCCUGAAAGUUAUUUUUUAUCUGGGAAAUCUAAACUACCUGAGUUUACAUGGUCAACACACUGAGCAGCUUGACAAAGGAGAGAGAGUGACUGUAUUUGAUUUUCUACCGUUUAACAACUUGCGACUGGUUUUCAUCGAUUAAUUGGACCUGGACCCUCAAGGUCCUGCCUUUUUCAGAGUUUAUAGAGCUCCUAUUAGGCAGCUUCCUAGGAUUGCUCCCAGCUAACUGGUCCUAGGCUCCAAAUUUAAGAGUAUUGAAUUGUGGCCCGAUACAUUUUUCCAGCUGAGGGAAAGAACCCCUUGGCUACUUCAGCCAACCUUGCCUAGUCCUGGUUGAGAAUGCCUGAAUAAGUUGGAGGUCAGCAUUUAGAUGUUGUGCAGAGUCCGGCAUUCCCCACAUGCUCCCCAUAUGUGUUUCACCAAGAUGUCAUCUCUAAUUUUUAAUCUUCGUUGCACACCCAGGCCAAGUGUUAAUCUCCAGUAGCUCCCUUCAUGCCAGGGAUUUGCAACUUUUAGGACAACACAAUGCUCCUAUCCAAGAAUUUCAGUCUACCUACUUUAUGUCCUGGUUUUUUUGUAGUGCAUGUAUGGCUUUUCCUUUGCACCUGUUGGGAAGAGCCAAUAAGAAAGAGCCUUAUUAUUAAAAAUUGUUGAAGAGGGCAGAAAUAAGGGAUGAGGACAGAUUUUUGCUUUUAAAUGUCAUUGGCAUUCUGUGAUUAGAUAACCAGUAGGUGAGAAAUAGCUGAGGAGCUCCUGUUACUCUGGACUGAAUAUUUAGGUUAUAUGCUCUCAGAUGGUCUCAUGCCUGGAAGGACCCAUAAAUUAGUAUCAGUUUGUUAUAGUAUGAAUUUGCCUUAACUAAUCCUGUGCAUACCUCAUUGUGGGCGGGGGUGGGGGAAGAAUCUGUUUUUACUUUAUAGAUAGGAUUGUAAAUGCCUUUAUUUAGAUUUUACAGUGUGUCUUAUGUUCAUUGAUGCAUAUUUAUUGGAAUAAUGUUUUAAAUUAAUAAAGUCCCGAGGAUCCUCAGAA